AUGAACGUUCUUGGGUCUAGAACAGCAACAACGGUCAAUCGUGUACCUGAUAUGGGACAACCAACCAAGCCGCUGACCAACAGUCCACCAGUAACAAAAUCUAUGUUUCAACAUGUAAAAAUAGAACAUUUGGUGGCUGGAUUUUCAGGCGGAGUUGCGUCGACACUAAUACUUCAUCCCCUAGAUUUAUUGAAAAUUCGAUUUGCUGUCAAUGAUGGAAGAAAUGCAAUACCAAGUUAUGCUGGACUGGGAAAUGCAGUCACUACAAUAUUUAGACAAGAAGGAAUUAAAGGACUUUAUAAAGGAGUAACUCCAAAUGUUUGGGGAUCAGGAAGUGCAUGGGGUUUUUAUUUCCUAUUCUAUAAUUCAAUUAAAGCUUGGAUUCAAGGUGACAACACUAAAAAACCUUUGGGUCCAGCAUUACAUAUGACUGCAGCAGCAGAAGCAGGAAUACUCACAUUAAUGAUAACCAAUCCAGUAUGGGUUGUCAAGACUCGUUUGUGUUUGCAGUUUGAUAAACCCAAUGAUCCGAGCAAGUCGUACAGUGGCAUGUGGGAUGCAUUUCGAAAGAUUUAUGGUGCUGAGGGUGUACGAGGCCUGUACAAGGGCUUUGUUCCUGGCAUGUUUGGCGUAUCUCAUGGUGCCUUGCAGUUCAUGACUUAUGAGGAGAUGAAAACUUUUUAUAAUGAAUACAGAAGAUUACCAAUUGAUGCUAAACUGGAAACAUCCGAAUACAUUGUAUUUGCUGCGUUUUCAAAAUUAAUAGCAGCUGGUUUGACAUAUCCGUAUCAAGUAAUUCGUGCGAGACUGCAAGAUCAGCACCGUGAAUACAGAGGCACUUGGCAUUGUAUAACCCAAACAUGGAGGUAUGAAAGAACACGAGGAUUUUAUAAAGGAAUUGGGCCAAAUCUAUUGAGAGUUGUACCAGCAACCAUCAUCACAUUUCUAGUCUAUGAAAACUUAUCUUCAUAUUUAAUUAAGUUGAAUACUAUACCUUAA